GGCUGUGGGAAAGAUCGCAUCACUGCUGUGGAAAGAGACAGUUUAAUAUUCGCGCCAUUUAUUCAUCGUAAAUUUUUCCAUCUUUUGCUUGAUUUUCUUAUACAAAAGCAAAUUGUGUAUUUUUCUAACGAACACAUGUAGUAUUAUUUCAAGAUAUACUUAAUAUAUGGAAAAAUUGUAAUAAUUUAAAAAUCAUAAGUUACAUACCUACAAAUUGCAUACAUAACCUGACAUUCUAUUAGCAACGAGUUCAAUAUGAAUGAUGUUAUAGAUUCACUCGAUUUAUUACCAGUUUAUUAUUCGAGGUUGUUUCCGUUUGCUGACUAUUAUAAGUGGCUAAGUUAUGGAAAUGCGGCUACUUUUAGCAAAAGAGAAUUCUCUUUUACACUAUCGGACGAUAUUUAUAUACGUUAUCAGUCUUUUAAUGAUCAAAAAGGACUAUCAGAUGAAAUUAAAAGACUGCUGCCACAUAAGAUAGACAUUGGAGCGGUUUAUAAUGUUCAACCAAAAGAUCAAAAGAAAGGUCCCACCUUUCGGCCAAUUGAGAGAGAACUAGUAUUUGAUAUAGAUAUGACAGAUUAUGAUGAAGUGAGAACAUGUUGCAAAGGAGCAGAUAUUUGUAAUAAAUGUUGGAAGUUUAUGUCGCUUGCUUGCAAAAUAUUGGAUAGUGCAUUGAGAUCGGAUUUUGGAUAUAAGCACAUCUUGUGGGUGUUUUCUGGCAGAAGAGGUAUUCAUUGUUGGGUAUGUGAUUCUGCAGCACGUGUUUUGACAGGACAAGUAAGAGCGGCAGUUGCUGAAUAUUUACAACUCAUAGGCGGAGGUGAAUUUAUGAAGAAAAAAAUACAUCUUACUAGUGAUAAAAUUCACCAUUCUGUCAAACGUGCUCUCGAUAUAAUCGAUCCUAUUUUUAUUGAAAUGAGUGUUAAAGAACAGAAUAUGUUGGGUACAGAGGAAGGAAUUGAAAAAUUUCUUCCAAUACUACCCAACGAGGAGGAUAGACAAGAGGUGAAGACAUUGUUUAGUAAGGAGAACACCAGUGAAGCAAGAUGGAAUGUAUUCGUACAAUAUAUUGAAUCUAAACGAACAGGAGGAGACCGAAAAUGGUAUUUGUAUCGUCAUUUAAUAGAAGAGAUAAAAUUACAAUAUUCGUAUCCAAGAUUAGACAUAAAUGUCAGCAAAGGUUUAAAUCACUUGCUAAAAUCUCCUUUUUGCGUUCACCCAAAAACUGGAAAGAUUUGUAUACCAUUCAAUGCGAAUACAGUAGACAAAUUUGUUCCUGACAAAGUACCUACGAUAAUGACAUUGAUAGAGGAGAUUAAUGCGUACGACGUAAAGAACAAGAUUGAAGAAGAAACAUAUGUACUAAAUAAAAAGCGGAUAAAAGAUUACAAAAAAACAAGUCUGAACAAAUCACUACAUGUUUUUCAAGAAUUCUUACGACACUUAGAAGCCGAGCGGCGGGAACAGAGGUUAAAAGGAAAACUUUCAGCCGAUAAUAUGGAAUUUUAAGGGAUUGUCUAAUGAUACUAAAAUAUAACAUUGUUUUACAUUGGAUUUAAUAUUAUUUAUAAUGUUUCAACGUAGUUUUGUAAAAUAAACAAAUUUUUACUC